AAUUUGUUGAAAUUACAUAUCAUACAUACUUAGCUGUCAAUUAAAGGCCAAUUAUCCUUUAAUUAAUCCGAACUAAUAUGUCCGAUAUCAGCAUCAUUUAAAAUGGAUUUUUUUAUUAAAUAAAUACAUUUUAUUUUGGAGAAGUGUCAGUAUUAAUCAUCGAUCAAGACAAAGUUCAGAAUAGCAAUACCAUGAAGGUUGUCACGGCUGUACUUGUGAUCCUCUUGCUGCUAAUUAUUCAGGUAGCAGGGUAUGAGCAAACUUGCAAAUGUAGCAGAAAGAACUGUUGUCGUGAACAAAAGGAGAAGAUGAUGAAAAUGAAGUUCAGAGCUACUGGUUUGCUGGAAUACAACUUGGAUGAGUUUUACAACCGCACCGACACUCUCCAGGGAAUGCCGGAUUUCAUUAAAUGUCUUUCACAGCAAACAGAUACGGAGAAAUGCCUGGAUCUAACGUCGCGUGCUCGGUUCCGGCGGCAAGACCAAUCGGCAUGCAAAACGCAGAACAAGAUCGUUGUCAUAACAGAGGUCACGUGCAUUUCUAACUGUAAUGGCGUCACUCGAGUUCCAGUUCUGAAGGAUGACUUUGGGCAGUACCCAUAUUUCUUCACGCCCGUGUGUCAAAGUGUGAACAGCUCAUGCGGGUGUGGUAUCUCGGCCUCCAAAUGCAGGAAUAAGAUGGAGUCACAUGGAGUGAUGGCGCGAGUACCAAUGAGCACGGGGGUCACCCUGAACGUUUUUAUUGACGUCGAACUUGCAGUCAUGUGUCAGUGCACUUGAACAAUCAUUUAACCAACUCGAAACUUACGUUUCCUUUCAUUCAUUUCUGUUAACAUGCAUAUUAUACUUCUUAAUUGUUCAUUGCAUUAAGAUAUUUUAAAAUAAACUUAUUUUCUAAAGACAGAUAUACAUUUUAAACGAAAAUAAUAAUUUAAAAGACGAAA